GGUCUCCCACCUGGAAGCUUAUAAAGUCAACUAACUUCACUCCAAGUCGCCAGAGUAGAGGAACAGCAAGUGGAUGUAGCGCAAAUUUGAAUCAAGGGGACUGAAACAUCAGGGAUCAAGAAACACAAUGGAGCUGAAACCGCAUUUAAAGAAGCUGGGUUCAAUACUCCGCGCCGUCCUCACCUUCCUUUUCGCUCUGGUGGUCUUGGGCGUGAUGAUUUGGGCCUAUGUGGCAGGUUUCCAACUAGCGACCUCCCCGUACGGAAUCAUCUCCUUUGGCUUCUAUGGACUGCUCCUUACUCUCCACGUGCUGGUCCAGAGCUUUUUCGCCUUCAUUGAGCACCGGCGGAUGAAAGCUCGCACGGAGGACUGCACCUACACUAAAACCAUUGGCUUCACUAUUUCGGCUUUCCAGGAGGACCCCGUCUAUCUGAGAGAGUGCCUUAAUUCUGUCAGGGCCCUCAAGUACCCGCCGGAGAUGCUGCGCAUCAUCAUGGUGAUAGACGGCAACUCAGAAGAUGACAGCUACAUGAUGGACAUGUUCAGAGAAGUGUUUGCUGACCAAGACCCGGGCUUUUUCGUGUGGAAGAACAACUACCAUACAUGGGACCCCGCCCAGGGCCAGCAGGAUGUAGAAACUGGUCCUGGGGAGGAGGCUGAUUAUAUUAUGGUAGAUGACCCUCAGAGGCAAGCGGUAGAGCGGCUGAUCAAAACCACAAGGUGUGUGUGCAUCAUGCAGAAGUGGGGCGGAAAACGGGAAGUGAUGUACACAGCCUUCAAAGCACUUGGGGACUCAGUGGACUACAUACAGGUGUGUGACUCAGACACUAAGCUGGACCCUAUGGCCACCAUAGAGCUGUGCAAAGUGUUGGAAAGCAACCAUAAGUACGGUGCUGUGGGGGGAGAUGUGAUGAUCCUCAACCAGAAAGACUCUUUCAUCAGCUUCAUGAGCAGCCUCAGGUACUGGAUGGCUUUCAACAUCGAGCGAUCCUGCCAGUCCUUCUUUGACUGUGUGUCCUGCAUCAGUGGACCUCUUGGUCUGUACAGGAACGACCUCCUCCAGCAGUUUCUGGAGUCCUGGUACAAUCAGAUGUUUUUGGGGACUCACUGCACGUUUGGGGAUGACAGACAUCUUACCAACCGCAUGCUGAGCAUGGGCUACGCCACAAAAUACACAGCCCGCUCUAAAUGCUACACAGAGACACCUGCUCAGUUUCUGCGCUGGCUCAACCAGCAGACCCGUUGGACUAAAUCUUACUUCCGCGAGUGGCUCUUCAACGCGAUGUGGUGGCACAAGCACCACCUCUGGAUGACCUAUGAGUCAAUUGUUUCAGGUAUUUUCCCCUUCUUUGUCACUGCUACCAUCAUCCAGCUGUUCUGGACCGGCACACUGUGGGACAUCCUGUGGAUCCUGUGCUGCAUCCAGCUGAUCGGGCUGGUGAAAGCGGCCUACGCCUGCAUCCUGCGCAGGGACUUUGUGAUGGUGUUCAUGUCCCUGUACUCAGUUCUGUACAUGACCAGUCUGCUGCCUGCUAAGUAUUUCGCCAUUCUCACCAUGAACAAAAGCAGCUGGGGGACAUCGGGCAGGCGUAAGAUUGUAGGGAACUAUGUUCCCCUCCUCCCUCUGUCAGUGUGGACCGCCAUUUUGUUAGGGGGGAUGGGUUACACCAUCUACGAGGAGAGUCAAAUGGACUGGUCAACUCCAGCCAAGAAAGCAGAGAUUGAGUUUCUGGUCUUUGGCUGCGUGGCCUACGUGGUUUACUGGAUGAUUAUGAUGGGCCUUUACUGGUUGUGGUUUCGUAGGAUAAUAAGAAUACGUACCAAAAGUUAUACACUGAAUGUGUAGGUGUGGAAGGAAGAUACUUUAUUUAAAUUCAAGCACUUAUCUUAUUUUAUUCAGUUCAUUUAUUUAUUUUUUCAAAUUUUAUAUUUACUUUCGGAGGAGAUUUUCAUGUAGCUGCUAAACAUAUAAAGGAAGAAAAGAAAGGAAAAGGAACUGAGCACUUUUGAAAACAUGACGAAAAAAUCAGUGAUCAUGGGAGGAUGAGUGUUGAUGAUAAAUGCUUCAUAUGGAGAUGUUGUUGCUUAUUGGAAUUAAAAAGUACUGAGGGCAUUAGGCCCAGGCACUUCUCAGGUUUAUAUUAACAGACUUUCUGGAAGAACUGACCUUCAAUCAUACAUUUAUUAAUAAUACCUAACGACCUGAGUGAUGCAUUUUAGAUAACAUUUAUUACUUUGUAUUAUAGGGUGAAGGGGGUGGAUCUUUUGUUAGGUUUAUGGUAAUUAUGAACUUCACUUCAUGUGCCUUACUGUAUCAGUUUAGUGACCAUUACUACACCACUGUUGUUAUUGCACUGGAUCCUGGAUGGCACUUUUUGCAGCUCUGCAGACCUACUUGAAUACACAAAAAAAUGCAGUUUUAGUAUACUGCUGCACAUUGGGAAGUAUGUACAGAAAUCUGAACAAUCAUAAUGAUGCUGCGGCUGACGACCAAGUUGUCAUAUUGCAGCCUGAAACAUCGGUUACAGAUGCUUCUUAAAAUGUCUUUUUAUCUAAUUGCUGUAAACCUUCUCUCUGUAUCGGUGUACUGUGUAGGAUGCACUUUGCUUGACUUCAUAUCACAGAGGACAAUGGACAGAAACAUGCCUGUUUAUAUAUAUAUUCUUCUGAAAAUGUGAAAAAAAAGAUGGCUUUGGGAACUUGUAUAUAAAUGAAAAAACAAAUAAAAUAUUUUUCUAAUGUGAACAGUU